AUGGCAGACAAAGACGCCAAACGCGCGUACGUGAAGAGCCUGGUCGAGAAGUAUGCACAUUCUGCAAGAGGGAAGCUUACUUCUCAAGAGGUGUCGUACAUGAUGAAAGAAAUGGACGGCAUGCCGCCUCUCCCAACAGAAGUCAGGUGGGUAAUGGACAUGGCGGAUUCCAACAGAGACGGCCAUAUCGACGAGGACGAGCUGUGUGAUGCCUUGGAGCAGUAUGAAAGCUUCAUCGCUAGAAAGACAGACAUUUCCCAAGUGAUCGAUAAGCAUGACACGGACAAGAAUCGAAAGCUUGAUCCCGAAGAAAUCAAGCAAAUCAUGAUUGAUGUAUCCUCUUACUUCAUCAAAGACGAGGACGUGGAGUAUGCAUCGGAGUGCUACAACAGCCUUCUCGAGACCUCUACCUUCUCGGGGGUGAAGCUGGAAUGUUGCUUUGUACAAGAGAAGAACGCAUGCCCCUCUCACGACUUCAAGGUGAUGCGAGGGCCGUCAUGGCAGUGGGGGAUGCAGGAUGGCGGGAGGGGCAACGAGGGCGUCAUUUUCCAAGACUCGUUGACCGAGGAGCGAGAGGGAUGGGUCAACGUCAAGUGGGACGACCUUGAGAUAACGGAUGCGUACGGUUACAAGACGACCAAGUAUGGGCUGAGGUGCAACUAUCGUAUUAAGGACGCCUACGACCUCGUGUAUGUUGCGGGCAAGUGCCCGUGUAGGAGCGGGACAGAGCAAAGGAUGAAGCUGGCCCUGGUGAAAGCGAUCACGAUGUGGGAAUCGCAUAAGGAAACGGAGAUGGAAAACGAGCCCAUGUUGAAGGUGACUCGACGGCUAGAAAGCUUGUUGAAGCCCGUACAGUCCUUGUUCUGA